AUGCCCUCUCAAAGCAAACAAUUUGAAAUUGUGCAAGAAGAUGACCUUGGGUCAGGCGAUUUCGGGGUAUUGUUGCAAUAUGAUAACAAGGGGCAAUACAUAAAGGUGACACCUAACCGUAAUCUCAGUAAGUCUACUUUUAUCGUCGCAUGCAAAACUAUCUUCAAUAUAGACAAAGUGUUUGAUCAAUGUACCGUAGUUACCAGGUUGACUAAGAAAGGUGCACCUUUUAUUAUUCACAGCGGCGGUGAUAUGGUGACUUUUUGCGAUGCAUUGUUAAAAGCGCGUCGAUUGACUGUUACUUUGAUUCCUGCUGAGAAGAUUGAAACGAAUGUCCAGUUAGAAAAUGAAGUCAAGGAUCCCUUUAUGCAGGAUGAAUGGAAAAACUUGAAAGAAUCUUUGAGAAGAAUCGAAGCAAAUCUUGAAGGUAAGAUCAAGAACUUUGAGGUUCCAUUUUCAGAGGUCGUUCAUGAAGGUGUCUUAUGUGAUGGUUGUCAGAUUAACGAUGCUAAUCGCAUUAUUAAUACCGAUACCACAGAUUGUAACGGUUUCAUCAGAGGGCCUAGAUUCACUUGUUUGUACUGCCAUGAUUAUGAUUUAUGUUACAAGUGCGAAAGUAGCGGGUUUACUUCGGACACUCAUAAAGUCUAUCACAAUAUGAUAAGAUCGAAUAGUUAUGACCCUAAGCUCACAAGAUUUGUGCUAGCAUAUCAUAGAGCUGGUGAGAUGGACAUAAACUUCCCGUUGGUAUCGAAAUAUAGUGUCUCAGACACCCCUCCAAAGAAGGAGCUAUCAGAAAUCAAAGUUGAAGGGUUUUAUGGAACCAAUGAUAGCACAUCAGAGAAGCCUACAGUUUCGGAGUCAGACCCUAGCUCAGAAUCAAGUGCACCUGCCGAUGCUACGACUAACACAGACCAAGAGUUUAAGGACGUAAUUAUUGAGGUUGGUCAACACAAUAAGCCAAUGUUCGAUUUCUUCUCUAAGAUCCAAUCUGAAGAAGAAUUGAGCAGUCUCAUGCAGGAUGCUGUCAGCUGGAGGAUUGCCAAACAAUGGUACGGAGAGGAUAUCUACGAAAAACUAGAAAAAUACGAAACUAUGAUGAAGGAGAAGGUGCAACAGGAGCAGGCAGAUUCUGAUGCAGUAAUUGACGAGGAUUCUUUGGGGAACGAUCAGAAAAAUCGAUCUUUACGCGUAGAGAUGUCCCAAAAAGGCCAUUUACUAACAUUUAAGCUCUUCAACGAUGGGGAUGAAACUAUUCCAAAUGGCUUGAAGUUAGUUUUCCAAUGUGAACAAAGGGAUCGUGUAUCGACCCCAAUUAAAUGCAACUUACAAAUGGGACCUAAUGAACUACAGCCAGGAAACUACAAAAUCUUGAAUUUCAAUUACCGUGGCACUCUUGAAGAGUUUAGCUUCGACUGUCCAUGUAAGAUUGAUUUGAUCGACGUUAGGGACCAAAUUGUCUACACAAGUGAAGAAUGCGCUUCACCCGGGUCAUCGGUGUUCUAUCUAAAGCCCCCAACGUGUGAAAUGUAUAGGCGGGCCAGUUACAGAGACGUUCCUUGCAAUGAGGAGUAUGAAGGUCGUGACGGACAAUAUGAGGAACCAAACGCUUUCCACUCUGACACUGACGUUAUAUCUACAUCAUUUACGGAGCAAGAAGACAACGGUGAAGAAGCGGUAUUUGUGGAUUCACUCUCAGAAGAUUAUGACUUGCUCAGUGAUUCGGACAUUGAACAAGUAUAA